UUAUGUAGGCUAUAUUGUGCACAAUGCUGCUCUUGCAAUGGACAUAAUCUUGUCGUGUACUAUGAGGUUUAUGUAUCCUAGAAUUGUAUAGGCGUCAUGUAUCCGACUGCACAGUCACGUGGACACAACAAGCGUCCAUAUGUCAAGAAGACCAAUGCCUUCACCUGAAUGAGCCUCUCCCACAGACGCCCUACACUAUGUUGACUGGCCAUGGUUGUAACAUUUCCCGUUGAUUGAAUGGCUUACUAUGAGGUGAUCAAUCUGAAAAUCACGUAGUUCGAACAUGACCAUCCAUGUGCGAAUGUGAUUCGGGAUGAAAAUACAUGUUGGCGAUGUAAUUCUUCAGGAAUCUUCGGAUAUUCUGAACAUCAGCACAGAAGGUGCUUUCACACUGUGAACAAUCAGUCAGCACAGCCAUGGCCUCCCUCAAUGGUCUGUUGCCAAGGGGAAUAGUCCUGGCCGAAGGAUAGAGAAAGAAGGAGAAAGAGAGAGAGAAAGCAGCCUUGAGGUGCAGAAGAAGAGAUGGUCAUCACUGACAGGAGCUCCAGCACUCCUGUGCCCAAGAAGCAGGAACCAAAGAAGAAGAAGAAGAAGAGGACGUCCCGCCCCCAUGGCCUGCCCUCCCCGGCGCUCUGCUGCGCGUGCGGCCUCUGCAUCAUGCUGGCAGGCAUCAACAUCACCCUGGUGGGGGCGUUCGCCUUCAGCACCAUGGUGCCCUCUGCCAACCCUCCCAUCAUCAUAGGGCCCAUCCUGCUUCUGGUGGCCUUCUCUUUCUUCGGGGCGUGCUGUGUCUGCAGCCGCCUGCCCCCUUCCCAGGGCUCCCGGAGGUCUAAGGUGGGCAGAAGGAGCAUGGGGAUGAUGGGGUGCGGGGGUUUAGCCGGGGGGGCGACGUUCGAGAUCGAGACAAGUGAGCACACAUUGCAGGACACCACAGCAGUACAGCUCAGCCCCUCAGCCUCACCGGGGUCAUCCCAGGCGUCCAGCCCUGAGCGGGAUGCUCCUUCUGACCCUGCCCCCCCAGGGACCUGCAAGCUCUUCACCAUGGAGACCAAUGGCCCCACCUCCACCACGGCCUGCUAUUCCGCCUCCUCGGCAGGGGGAGGGGCUGUGAGGCUCAACCUGCCACGUGAUGAUGUGGCCACCUAACACAGCCCUGACUAACACUCUGUAGCAUGAGCCUCCUGCCCCAGGGGACUGACGCAAAAAUAUGUAAAUAUGGGCUGUGGCGGUCAUGGAAUUUUGGAUGACAGUAAUUGGCCUGCCAAAUGACCACAGUCUCUGUGUAAAUAAAUAAAUAAUGAUAAUACAUUUCAUGUUGCUAAAAGACCAGUCAAG